AUGCACAUCGCAGCUACUGUCGCAACGACGCCGUCGACUACAGCGGUACGUGGGCUUUCGUGACUUGACGGUCCGAGCAUACUUGAGUCGCAGAAUUACUGACCUGAAGAUCAAUGUAAUGACUCAAAGUCGACCACACCAGCAACAACUGCGAUCCCUACGACUGUACCCUCUACGACUGUACCCUCUACGACUGUACUCUCUACGACUGCACCCCCUUCUACCAUCACUGUUGUCUCGACGAUCCCGCUCAGCUCCAGCACGAGUGCAAGCUCCACGACUAGCGUUGCGCGGGGAGGGCAGGUGUCGAAUGCCUCCUCCAAGCCCAACACGGGAGCCAUCGCGGGUGGCGUGGUCGGUGGUGUUGUCGCUUUAGUGGCUCUUGCCGCGUUACUCUGGUUCUGCUGCUGCGGUGGCUCAAAGCGCAAGAAGCACGAGUCGUUCGACUUUGGCCACAACGACGCCUGGGACCCCGUCGAUGGCGUGGCUGCUGCGGGUACUGGAGGCCGAGGAGGCAUUAUCGCGUCAAGGAAUACGGGACAGAACCGGGGCAGUGCAACUCAACGUGCCAGUAGCUACUCGCGUCGAUCGACGGGUUUCAACUACGGCGACGACGACGAUUUGGACGACUCGGCCGGCAUUGGGCGACGUGGAACUGCGGUGGCACCGGCGAUGGCUUCCGUCGGCGCUGUAGGAGCUGGACUGGGAGCGACCUACGCCGCACGUCAACAAAGUCAGAAAAGGAAGAAGGCCACCCCUGCGGAUGAGCAAGACGCAUACUAUUCCUCGUUGCCUCCCCCUCCUCGCGAUGGCUCGAUCACCCCAUCGUCCAUGUCGUCCGCCGGCGGAUUCGGCAUGGCCGGUGUUGGCGUCUCUCGCUACUCCCAGUAUGGGCCGCAAGACGUUAGGGCGCAGCACGAGCUUUACAAUGGCCUUGAAACUGAGACGAUGAGACCCAAUAAUAGUGGAUACGCCGGCACGAACCGCAUGCAACAAGCGCCCUACAACGGAGCUGGAGGUUCUCAGCGCAAUUCGAUGGGUGGCGAUCCACAGGGGUACGGUGCUGUUUCGACGGUGUCGCCUCCACGUCAAAUGAAUGGUCGAGGACCGCAGCAGAACUUGUCCCAACGUCUACCGCAAGCUCGCCAACCUCAGGAACAGAGGUUCCCGAACUCGAUCGCUUACAACGCUCCCGGAGCCUCGUCUUCACCCGCACCGUCUCACCAAUCCCUUCCUGGCCUCGCUGGGGGCUGGAAUGGCAUGGGCGACAACGAACGAAGGCCCGGUGCGUUGAGGGUCAUGAACGAGGAGCCUGAGAUGACGGAAGAGGAGAGGAGAUUUGGUGGCCAGCCUGAUGCGUACAAUGGGUUGACCGAUGGACUUGAUCGAGUGGCGAGCCCAGGACGGGCGCAGACUUAUAGGUCGUAG